AUGUCUAAAGUCCCACUUGCUGUUCGUAAGUCUAUCAAACUCGCUGAAGUGAAUAACGAGGAACAUAUCGAAAGAAUCAACUCUGCACUCGGCACAAAAUGGACACUUGAACUCGACUAUGCCGCUUUGUACGAGCAAUUCAAGGACCUGCGUCCUGACUACGCUGAACAGGUCGGCGAGGUCACCAAUUGGUAUCUUGACCCAUUUGCUGAUAAGAUUAUCAGUUUUUCGCAGAAGGAUGAACUUAACAAGGAAGCACUCGUUGAAGAAGUGAAGGGAAUUAAGGGUUUCAAGGUUGUUCCUCCAGGUUCUUUCGAGGGCUACAACAAGCUUGAACUCGAAGAUGGCAAACUCGUUAUUGUUAUUAAGGAAGACACUUUCGCUGUGAACGUCGACCAAUUGGGUGAAGACUUGGAAAGCUUGUUUUAG